CGCCUUCACACGUAGAAGUUAUCGUAGAAUUGGCAGAAAAAAUUGCGUGUGAGAGAUAUAAGAAAUGGCAUCUGUAAAUGAAGAAGCUGUAGCCGCCCACAAUGAAUUGGCAUUUAAACUCCAGCAGGAGUUAAGCGACUCAGAGAUAAAUGAAUUGAAGUAUCAAUUCAGAGAUUGCCCACUAUCUCGACGACAUAUUACAAAUAUCAAAGAUAUAGAUGACCUAUUUGUACACCUUGGUAAUGCUGAGAAGCUUUCAAUAGGAAAUUAUGAACAUUUUACACCAAAAUUAAGAUUGAUUAAUCCCAGAAUGGCUACUUAUGUGGAAGAACAAGAAAAAAUUGUCAAGGGUAUACUUAAUGGAGGUGCAGCUGGUCCAUCGGCAGCCAAAAAACUGAAAUCAUCAGAUACAAGCCAGCAACAAUCUACAGCCUGUCAACAUGUCUGUCUAGCUUGGGGCUCCAGUACAAGUACAAGCCCUAGUAAAGAAAUCCAAUCUGACUUAAGACCCUUGAUAGUUCAAACUAUAAACAGGAUUAAAACAGAAAAAGAAGAGAAAAAGUUCAUGGAGACUAAAGCUUUUCAUGACGCACAAGAGAAACUCAGAGAGAACAGAGUCAUAAUGAUCAAGGGUAACACAGGAGACGGCAAGACUUCGACUGCCAUUCAACUCAUGGACUGGCUGAUCAAGGAGCAGCAAUGCAGACAACCUCUUCAGCUUCAUGAAAUCAAGAAAUUAGAUAAAUUGUCCCCAGACUCCAAUCUGGUUACUUUUAUUGAUGAUAUUUUUGGAGAGAAAAAUGUUAGAAAUACAGAUGUAUGUGAGUGGAACAAAAGAAUUAAUAAUGUAAAAACAUUGUUUGUAGAUCAACGAAUCAAUCCCAAUUUUUUGCUUGUUACUAUUCGUAAUGAAAUAUAUAAUGAUUUGAAAAGGCAGUCUUUGGAACCAGUUUUUACCAAAGAUACAUGUAAUAUUAUUGACUUGAGUUCUGAAACGUACAGGAUUUUAGAGGAAAGAAAAGAACUUCUACAAAAAUAUCUACCAAACAAUUAUAAAUGGGAAGAGGAAGAAAUAGAAAGUAUUGUGAAAUCUGCUUCAAGCAUUGGUUUUCCUCAAUGCUGCCACCUGUUCUAUAACUCUGUGGAAUUGCAGGCAAAACGUGUGAAUUUUUUUGAGAAACCAUUUGAAUUUUUGAACGAAGUGUUGUCAAGAUUACCAGAAUGUUGUGCCAUUUUGUUUCUUUUCCUCAAUGGAGGGAUGAUAAAUGUUAAAGAUCUAGACCCAAACAGUGAUAAAAUCAACAAAACAUUGUUAGAGGAAUCAUUUGAUAUUAAUCUGAUUGAUGGUGAGGAGGACAGAACCUCAUUGACUUACAAGAAAAAAGUGGGAUUUGUAAAAGAAAGUUUAGACAGAUUGCUAGGAUUUUUAGUGGUGAAGGAGGAAAAUUGGUCUGGUGAUGAAGUAUACAGAUUUAAUCAUGAUUCUGUACAUGUCACAGUAGCUCUUUUGUAUUGGAACAAAACACCAGUUGGUUAUAUACAGAAUUGUCCAGUGAAAUCUCUCGGUUAUCUCAAAACCUCAAAAACAUCCUCAGACAUGAUUGUCAUAUCAUCAGAUCAUUAUACAUGUCUAUGUGAACGUCUGCUCCGAGAGUUUGAGUGUUAUCAUAGUAAUACUAUUAGGUCUCUAGAUGUAUGGAAAUAUCCUGUAUUUGUUGUAAGAUUUGUUGGGUUGUUGAAUGAGAGAAAAGUUGAUAAACGUGCUGUGUUAAAUAAGGCAUGUAAAUAUGGUGUAAAAGAAUGUGUUUUAUAUCUUCUGAGUGUGGGAGUCAAACCUGACAAGUACACAAACUGGUGGUCAUUGAUUACAGGAGGUGAUGUGUGUGGUAAGGGAGAUGGAGAUGUGGAUGUACUUAAGGAAGUUAUUAAAUACCUAAAUGAUGAGAUGAAACAUGACUUGUUAAAUGCAGCAUGUAUGUCUGGUUCAACAGAAUGUGGUAUAUAUCUUCUGAGUGUGGGAGCCAAACCUGACAAUGACACAAACUGGUGGUUAUUGACUACAGGAGGUGAUGUGUUUGGUUAUCGUGGUAAGGGAGAUGUGAAUGUACUUAAGGAAGUUGUUAAAUACCUGAAUGAUGAGAUGAAACAUAACUUGUUAAAUAGAGCAUGUGAAUCUGGUUCAACAGAAUGUGUUUUAAAUCUUCUGAGUGUGGGGGCCAAACCUGACAAUAACACUAACUGGUGGCCAUUGAUUAGAGGAGGUGACGUGUUUGGUAAGGGAGAUGUGGAUGUACUUAAAGAAGUUGUUAAAUACCUGAAUGAUGAGAUGAAACAUUACUUGUUAAAUAAUGCAUGUAUGUCUGGUUCAACAGAAUGUGGUUUAUAUCUUCUGAGUGUGGGAGCCAAACCUGACAACGACACAGACUGGUGGUCAUUGAUUACAGGAGGAGAUGAUGUUGAUAAGGGAGAUGUGGAUGUACUUAAGGAAGUUGUUAAAUACCUGAAUGAUAUGAAGAAACAUUACUUGUUAAAUAAAGCAUGUAUGUCUGGUUCAACAGAAUGUGGUUUAUAUCUUCUGAGUGUGGGAGCCAAACCUGACAUGUACACAAACUGGUGGCCAUUGAUUAGAGGAGGUGGCGUGUUUGGUAAGGGAGAUGUGGAUGUACUUAAAGAAGUUGUUAAAUACCUGAAUGAUGAGAUGAAACUUUACUUGUUAAAUAGAGCAUAUGAUGAUGAUAAGGGAGAUAUGGAUGUACUUAAGGAAGUUGGUAAAUACCUGAAUGAUGUGAAGAAACAUUACUUGUUAAAUAGAGCAUGUGAAUCUGGUUCAACAGAAUGUGGUUUAUAUCUUCUGAGUGUGGGAGUCAAACCUGACAAGUACACAAACUGGUGGUCAUUGAUUACUGGACGUGAUGUGUUUGGUUAUCGUGGUAAGGAAGAUGUGGUUGUACUUAAGGGAGUUGUUAAAUACCUGAAUGAUGAGAUGAAAAAUGACUUGUUAAAUAGAGCAUGUGAAUCUGGUUCAACAGAAUGUGUUUUAUAUCUUCUGAACGUGGGAGUCAAACCUGACAAUGAAACACUGUUAUUUGUGGCGGCGGGAGGGAGUGUGGAAUUGUUACGUAAACUACUGCAGUAUGACGUCACUAUAACAGUGAGGGAUGAGUACAACAACAACAAUGUACUACAUCAGGCGUGUGAGUCGGGGAGUGAAGAGAUGGUGACUGAGUUGUGUGAUAAGUAUCCAGACUUGGUACGUGACACUAAUAAGUAUGGACAAACCCCGCUCCAUGUCGCGGCAGGUAUAGACUUAUCAAUAUUCCAGACAGUGGAGAGAACUACACUUAAAACCUUGUAUACACAUUGUGGGACAGACGGACAUGUUGUACACAGGGAUUGUGUGUGGGGUCAGUACAUGUUUAACUUCGUUGACAAUGAAGGACUGACUCUAAUUCAUGCGAGUUGUGAGAGGGGAAACAAGGAGAUGUGUGUCUAUUUAUGUGAGAAGUGUCCAUCACUGCUCACAGCUGUAGACAAUGAAGGACGGACUGUAUUACAUGCGAGUUGUGAGAGGGGAAACAAGGAGAUGUGUGUCUAUUUAUGUGAGAAGUGUCCAUCACUGCUCACAGCUGUAGACAAUGAAGGACGGACUGUAUUACAUGCGAGUUGUGCGAGGGGAGACAAGGAGAUGUGUGUCUAUUUAUGUGAGAAGUGUCCAUCACUGCUCACAGCUGUAGACAAUAAAGGACAGACUGUAUUACAUGCGAGUUGUUACUGGGGAAACAAGGAGAUGUGUGUCUAUUUAUGUGAGAAGUGCCCAUCACUGCUCACAACUGUUGACAAUAGAGGACGGACUGUAUUACAUGUGAGCUGUGAGGAAGGAAACGAGGAGAUUUGUGUCUAUUUAUGUGAGCAGUAUCCAUCACUGCUCACAGUUUUUGACAAACGUGACCGUCGUUGUCUACAUUACAUCGCCGAGUCGGACAUACAAGAGAAUAAAGAGCUAUUUGGAACAUUUCGCUAUGAUGAUUCUCCAACAAUGAGCAACGUGAUAAUUCUGUGA